GUUGUAGGACUGGCUAUGGCCACCACUACUUCCGGGUUCCGUCAUUUCAUUCUCCCGCCGAUCAGCGCUGCAAAACUGAGCCUCUUCUAUAAGCCAGCCAGCAGCCAACCUGCCAACACUUACUGACACUCACUCAUCUCAGGGAGAGAGAGAGAGAGACAAAAUACCUACCAGGAAAAAAGAGAGGGGAGGGGGGAAGUCCAGGUUUUGCAAACUAUUCAAUUUUUCUUCGCAUCUUUCCCCACCCCCCUUCCUAGUACUUAAAAAAAAUCCCAAUAGCGAUCCUAAAAGGCAAAACCCAAACGCGGAGUUACUGGAAGAAGAAACCGGGGUUAAAAAGAUUCCUCCUCUCUUCUUCAUCAUCAUCAACCAUCGUUCAUUCACUACCUUGACAUUCCCUGGCUUUGAUUGACAGCUGGAGUGGCAAAAAGCCAUGAGACACGACAGUUUGGUUACAUGUGGGUUGCUGACGGGCCGAUCGUAACCUUCAGUUUGGGGGCUUGACAAUUUUUUUUUUUUUUGCUUAGAGAAAGAAAAAAGGAAAAAGAGAGAGAGAAAGAGAAAAAGGAAAGAGUGAGAGAGAAAAAAGAAGAAAUACACGAACAUCGUGGUUCUUGGCUGAUUAUUUUUAUUAUUAUUGUUAUUAUUAUUAUUUACCCAGACUGGAGAAUAGGCGAAGUCUUAAGUGGGUUGCCAAAAAAAGGAAUCUUCUUCACUGUAAAUCACUUUCUUUUCUGGACUGGGAUAUUAAAUAUACGACACAUCCAGGAGUUUAUUGGAGCGCAGACUGAUGGCGCAAAGGUUUCCUUGUUAGGGUUUCUUCUUCCUUGAUUGAAGCGGACCUCCCCCCCCCCCUUGUACCUCUUCCCCUCCUCACGCGGCCCCCCUCCUUCCCCAACCCUUGAUAGCCUCUGCUCUUUAUUUUAUUUUAUUUCAUUUUGUAUAACUCUCCCUCCGUUGUGGCUGUUCCUGUUUGGUUUUGCUGUGUUGUGGUCUGUCUGGGUGCUUUACUCUCUUCUGACUUUUGUUGUUGUUGUUUGUUUUUUUUUGUUUUUUUUUGUUUUUUCCUCCUCCUCUUCCUCCUCCUUCUUUUUCUUCUUCUUCUCUCUCUCUCUCUCUCUCUCUCUCUCUCUCUCCUGGCCCAUUUUUUGACAGUACGAUGAGCUGCCCCAUUACGGCGGGAUGGACGGAGUAGGGGUGCCGGCUUCCAUGUACGGAGACCCUCACGCUCCCCGGCCGAUCCCCCCGGUUCACCACCUGAACCAUGGGCCGCCGCUACACGCCAGCCAGCACUAUGGAGCGCACGCCCCGCACCCCAAUGUCAUGCCAGCCGGCAUGGGAUCGGCUGUCAACGACGCCUUGAAGCGGGACAAGGAUGCGAUCUACGGGCACCCGUUGUUCCCCCUGUUAGCGCUGGUCUUUGAGAAGUGCGAGCUGGCGACCUGCACUCCCCGGGAGCCUGGUGUGGCCGGCGGGGAUGUCUGCUCCUCGGACUCUUUCAACGAGGACAUCGCGGUCUUCGCUAAACAGGUCCGCGCUGAAAAACCACUUUUUUCUUCAAACCCAGAGUUGGACAAUUUGAUGAUCCAAGCAAUACAAGUACUAAGGUUUCAUCUUUUGGAAUUAGAAAAGGUCCACGAGUUGUGCGAUAACUUUUGCCAUAGGUACAUUAGUUGUUUGAAAGGAAAAAUGCCAAUCGAUCUAGUUAUUGACGAAAGGGAUGGCAGCUCCAAAUCUGACCAUGAAGAACUCUCAGGAUCUUCCACAAAUUUAGCCGACCAUAACCCUUCAUCUUGGAGAGACCACGAUGAUGCAACCUCAACGCAUUCAGCAGGCACACCGGGGCCCUCCAGUGGGGGCCAUGCUUCCCAGAGUGGAGACAACAGCAGUGAGCAAGACUGCCAACCAAAUGAACACUUUAGGAGGAGGUGUAUAUAUAUGUCUGCAGCACCCAGAGGGUUAAUCCACCCCAUUGUGCAUAAGUGUUGGAGCUCUUAUGGGGAUGGUUUAGACAACAGCGUAGCCUCACCUGGUACAGGGGACGAUGAUGAUCCAGACAAGGACAAAAAACGUCAGAAGAAAAGAGGCAUUUUUCCCAAAGUAGCAACAAAUAUCAUGAGAGCGUGGCUUUUCCAGCAUCUCACACAUCCAUAUCCUUCAGAGGAGCAGAAGAAACAGUUAGCCCAAGACACAGGACUUACAAUUCUACAAGUAAACAACUGGUUUAUUAAUGCCAGAAGAAGAAUAGUACAGCCUAUGAUUGACCAGUCAAAUCGAGCAGGCAAGUUCCAAGUAGUAUCUGUAUUCAAGUCCCACAGGCGCAAAUCCUCAUCAAGUUAUUCUUCAGGAGUCCCAUCACCUGUGAGCCAAGGAGCAGCAUAUAGUCCAGAGGGUCAGCCAAUGGGAAGCUUUGUAUUGGAUGGUCAGCAACACAUGGGAAUCCGGCCCGCAGGUUUGCAAGGCAUGCCAGGGGACUGCGUCUCUCAGGGUGGUCCUAUGGGUAUGAGUAUGGCACAGCCAAGUUACACUCCUCCCCAGAUGACCCCACACCCUACUCAGUUAAGACAUGGACCCCAAAUCCAUUCAUAUUUGUCAAGUCACCCCCAUCACCCAGCCAUGAUGAUGCACGGCGGACCCCCUACCCACCCUGGAAUGACCAUGUCAGCACAGAGCCCCACAAUGUUAAAUUCUGUAGACCCCAGUGUUGGUGGACAGGUUAUGGACAUUCAUGCCCAAUAGUAUAAGGGAACUCAAGGGAAAAAAACAAAAACAAACAAAAAAUCAAACCUAUUUUAAGACUUUUGAACUUUGACCAGAUAUUGACACUUAAAACGAAAUUCCAGACAGCUGUGAUUAUUUUUUACUUUUGUCAUUUUUCAUCAACAACAGAGGACCAAUGAGAAAAGAACAGAAAUGUGAAAUCAUGGGCUCACUGAAACAAUUAUGUCCAUGUAAAGAUCCUCUGAGGGGAAAAAAACAAAAAACAAACAAAAAAGACUCCAAGAGUUAUAACUACUGUAGUAUAAACAUAGGAACUAAGUUAACUUGUACAUUUCUGUUGAUCACUCCGUUAUGUUGCCUCAAAUAGUUUUAGAAGAAAAAAAAAUCCUUGUUUUCCACACUAUGUGUGUUGUUCCCAAAAGAAUGACUGUUUUGGUUCACCAGUGAAGUCACUAUCCAUGAAAGACUACAGUAUAUUUCAGACCAGUUUUGGCCAGUGAAAAAAGAAUUACCCUGGAGAUGAAGAUGAAAAGCCUUGCUGGGUCUCUCAUCACUCAGAAGACAGUUCCAAGAAGGCCUUGCCAUCCCCUGGUUUUGUUCCUUCAUAAAUGUGUCCUUUAGUUUCAAACAGAUCUUUAUAGUUUGUGCUUCAAAAAACCAUUUUUUGGACUCUUCUUCAAAGAGCUUGCAGGUGAAAAUUUAAAAGACAGAGCAGGAGCUUCUUCCAGUGGUUCUGAGCCUUGGCUUUGGACAAAACAAAACUAAAAGUUGGGCAGCUUUCCUCAAUGAAAGAAGUUACUAAUGGUCUUUGCACCAAACCUAGAACUUUAUCAUGAACUCAAAGCUUGGGAAAAAAGCAAGAGAAUACUGUAACAAACUUCGUACAGAGUUCGGUCUAUUAAUUGUUUCAUGUUAGAUAUUCUAUGUGUUUACCUCAAUUGAAAAAGAAAAAAAAAAGAAUGUUUUGCUAGUAUCAGAUCUGCUGUGGAAUUGGUAUUGUAUGUCCAUGAAUUCUUCCUUUCUCAGCACGUGUUCCUCACUAGAAGAAAAUGCUGUUACCUUUAAGCUUUGUCAAAAUUUACAUUAAAAUACUUGUAUGAGGACUGUGACGUUAUGUUUAAAAAAAAGGUGUUAAGUCACAAAAUGCGGUAAUAAAUAUUUCAUUUUUGA